AUGGAGACGGAGGAGGAGGACAGCGGCGGCUGGGACUUCCUCGACUGGCUCGGCCCCGACACCUCCGCCACCGUCUUCCACCUCCUCGACGACCCCGCCGACCUCGCCCGCGUCGGCGCCGUCUCCCGCUCCUGGCGCCGAUUCGGUACGCUCCUGCCCCCAAUUCCCUGCUAUUGUCCACAGUUGGGCCGGUCGCUGAGCUCGACGCCUCCGCUGGUUUUUCACCCUUCUCAUGCAGUGAUCGAGAACGGAUUCAGCAAGCGCCUGUGUCGGCGGAUAUGCCCGGAGGCCGCCAGCUUCACCCGCGCGGUCGUGGUGACCCGUUCGCCGCCGCCCGCCGCGUCCGCGUCCGAGUCCAGCCAGGACGCCGAGUGCAGGGCCCGCGAGGGGGAGCACGCGGCCUACUCCUACCUCCUCGGCGCGCUCGUCUCCGCCAAGCCGGCCAUGGACCUCAUCAUGCGCUGCGUCGGCGCCUCCAGCACCGACUUCUUCCCCGACGAGAGCAUGGAGAACACGCUCGUGCCGCAUGAAUGGGUGAACCACCACCACUCCUACUGGUCCAGCGGCGGCAAGGACGACCCCGACGCCCCCGAGAGCUUGACCUACAGGCUCUCCUCUGAUCUCUGCCUGAUUGAUGAGAUCAGGGUGCGCCCGUACAAAGCUGCUUUUCAGAAUGGCCAUCCGAUUUACUCUUCCAAGGCGGUGAGAAUCCGGCUGGGUCAUUCCAAGCUUGAUCCUGGAACAGAGACUUUCGUUUCGGCUGAGAAUGAGAACCUGACAGCUAUUGCUGAUGAAAACUACACGUGGACAUACACGUCGCCAGAGUUUCCUAUGCUUCAGGAAAAUGUGUUGCAAACCUUCAAGCUUCCGCGCCCUGCCCUUUGCAUUGGUGGUAUAGUGAAGAUUGAACUUCUGGGGAGAUUACAGAAACAAUCUACAGAUGAUAGGUAUUACAUAUGUGUCUGCCAUGUCCAAGUGAUGGGGCGCUCGCUUUCACCAGAUUUAAUGAUAGACAUCUCCGAUCCUGCUGAUUACUCAAACCUCAAGUAUUUGCCGGGUGCCGGUAACUUGCGCCCAGAAGACCUACUGAGCAGUGACGCCAAGGAGGACUCAUCGGACUGGCGCUCGCUUGUUUCUAGGUACAGGCAGAUGAGGGAACUGGCGAUGGUGUAUAUGCUGCUUGGACCUGUGCAGUUUGUAGAUGAACAAGACGAAGCUGAGGCAGACCUGCCGCACAUGUUGUAG